AUGGCAUCUUCAAGCUCAGUGGGAAGUUGGAGCAAUAUCCGAUCACGAAGGCAAGCAUUAAGGGCAACAUGCUUUUGUGAAGACCCCGUUGGUAAGUGGACAUCAUGGAGGCCAACAAACCCUGGCAGGAGGUUCAUCGGCUGCCCUAAUUUCCGGGAUGAGGAAAAAGAUUGCAAGUAUUUUGCUUGGGUCGAUCCCCCAUUACCAAACAACUGA